AUGCAGCAGGGCCUGUUUCCCCAGCCACCGCCGCCGUCCCCCGCGACCGGACGAAACAUGGGCGGUCCGCCCAAGCCGGUCUACUUCGCCGGCUCGUCCACCCCCAACCUGCCCACCUACAUGCCGCCGCCCCAGGUCUCGGGCAGGCGAGUGGGCCAGCAUCCCCCCGGUGGUGGCGGCGGCGGCGGCGGUGGAGGCGGCGGUGGUGGGAUCCCGGUGGCGAUCGCGCCGUUCGGGUACCCGCCCUUCGCGUUCGCCUCGUCGGCGUCGAUGCCCUCCCUGCCGGCCAUGCACGGCGGCCUGCCCAACUUCGCGAAGCCCAUGAACUUUCCCCCGCAGCCCUCCAUCCUCGGCGCCAAAUACCACGGACCCUAUGUGGGGCACACCCAGCAUCAGCACCACCACCAGCAGCAACAGCAGCAGCAGCAACAACAACAGCAGCAGUCGCUGGGCCGUGACCAUCGGAAGGAGCAGCAGAAGGAGCGCGAGCGCGAGAGGGAGAGGGAGAAGGAGCAGCAGCAGAAGGAGCGUGAGAUCCAGAAGCGGAAGCCCAAGGGCAUUGCCGGCGGAUCGCCGUCGCCGCCGUCAACACCCGCUGCGUCGACACCGCCGGCGGAGACUGCUGCAGCCGGCGCCGGCGCCGUCACAACCGCCGCCUCUGCCGCCGCCGCAACCGCCGCCAGCAGCGGCGCAAGCAACAACAGUGAGCAAGCGGAGGGGGAGCUCGAGGCGGAGGAGAAGGAGGAGGAGGCGGAGAAGAAGAAGCAGAAGAAGCGGCCGAGCAAGAAGGGAUCGGACAGCGACGACGACGGACCCAACGCGCGGCCGGGCGGUGACCGCGACGGCCGCGGUGACGACGGCGACGGCGACCACCACGACCAGGGCGGCGGCCUAGCCGGCCGAACCAGCGUCGGUGGGCAGCACCACCAUCAGCAGCGUCAGAGCGGCGCAGGCCAGCAGCAGCAGACCGAGGGCGCCGGGAGCCCGGCGGGCAGCAGCGGCCACACGCGAAGCCAGCGCCAGGACGACGGCGGCGGCGACGACGAGGAGGGCCGCCGGUCUUUUCCGCAGCCCCCUCCCUCCCAUGAUGAUCUGCUCGCGGGGCCGCCGCUGCCGCCGCCGGCGCAGACCAGGAGGGCAGGGGGCAGCCAGGACCACCAGCGGCGCGAGAUCGGCGGCGGCGGCGGCGACCUCAAGCUCGACUCGAGCGUGUGGGGUCCGGCGGGCAACGGCCACCAGCGCCACGCGCAGCCGCAGCCGCCGCAGUCGCACAAGAAGGCCGGCAAGCCGGGCGACGAGCUGAACGCGCGCGGGCGGAAGGUCGGCGGCGGCGGCGGCGGCGGCAGCAACAAGAAGCAGGCCGCGGCCAAAAAGCCCAACGUCAGCAGCGCGCGCAAGGCCGGGCGGGGCCACCACCACCAUCACCACCUGGUCGACCAGCGCAGCCACACGCAGUCGGGCGUGUGCGACCGGGUCGGGCCGCUGCUGCUGGCGGUCGGCGUGGCGUCGGUCUCGGCCGCGGCGUCGGUCGUGGCGCUCGUGUGGCGUCUGCACCGGGACGCGCUGUGGGCGCUGCUGCUGUCCUACCAGGUCCCGCUGGGCCUGCUCUACAUCUACGCCUUCCCGUCCCUCGCGGCCUGGCUCGCCCUCUACACCGAGUGGGCCCCGGGCCUCCUGUGGUACGCCUACGUCGCCUGGUUCGUGUGCUCCCAGCCCCACACGCUCGCGCUGCGCACCGCGACCGCCGCCGCUGGCGCCGGCGCUCACCACCUGGGCACGCUCGAUGCGGGCGCCGUGGGCGCGCGGGUCCUGGUGGCCUUCCUCUUCCUGCUCGAGGGCGUCUACCAGCCGGCUGCGAUCAUGGCGUGGAACGCUGGCGAUCGCGUCGUGCUCGGCCUCGCACUGCUCUCAACCAAGACGCAGGCCUUUCUGUACAAGCGGUGCUUUGUGAGCCUCAUGGUGGCCAUGGCGCUCAACCACUACGUCGACCGCGAGUGGAUCACCGCGGGCCACGAGGCCGCUCGUCUGACGGUGCAGUGGCUCAUCCUCGUCGUGGGGCUCGCCAACCACUACGCCUGCUCCACCAUCCCGAAGAGGAAGUCCAGUUCGUUGGGGAAGAGGUUGCGCGGCCAGAUUGUUGCUGCCUUCGCCAAGCCCGAUAGGCAGCCCACCGCCCCCUCCAGAUGA